AUGGCAUCAAAUUUUACGUACGAAUCUCUUCACUCCGUUCCAGAUGUGAUACGGCUUCUUGAGCUCGAUCUCAGUGGCUCUCACCAGCAUAAACUUGUACGCCAAGCCAACAUGCGAUCGACAAAAUACCUCGCAUUAUCGUACACGUGGGGGACGAAUUCAACUCAAAUGAAUAUUUUGCUCAACUUUCAGCCCUUUUUGAUCAAUCCCAAUCUAUCCAAAGCCCUUGAAUCCGUCAGACAACACUGGAUUCACCAUUAUCCCCAACGGCAUGUUCUCCUUCUUUGGGUCGACCAAAUUUGCAUCAAUCAGAACGACGACGUUGAAAAGGGCCAUCAAGUAUCCAUGAUGGGAGACAUUUACCGCUGCGCACACCAGACUCUUGUUUGGCUGCCUGUUCCAGCCUCUGUUGCAGGAGGAUUCCGAGACUGGCAAACUUGGAGGAGCUGGCACCAAAACCAAAUCACAACCUCGCAAACAAUUGUGACUCAAGGCCCUGUAGCACAAACAGAGAUGGCGUACGCUCUAGAUGCAGACUAUCCGGUAGGCAGCGACUCCGAUAACCGUGAUAGAGAGCUCAUGAUGGCGUGGAACCACAUCCACGAUAUCAUUGCAAGCCCUUGGUGGGAGAGGGCUUGGAUUUAUCAAGAAAUCAUGGGUCCUGACCACGCCACAUUCUUGAUCGGUUGUGUUUCAGCGCCGUGGGAGGAGUUGUAUGAACUGCUCCAAUUGUUCUUCAGUCAGAGACACCGCCAUGGCGAUUUCUGUGCUAGGCUGAUGCGAACGCUACGGUCGCAGAGAAAUGGUUGCAUGAUACGUUUGCCCAAUUGCUGCGGCGGUUGCCUGGAUGAGUGUCGAAUGUUUGCUGGAGAGUCCAGAGAUGCAGCGUCCAGGAGUGGGAAUGACUGGGACGGAUUCGCCCCUGAGAUAUGGCGCGGAGUUGCCAGAGUAUGCAGGUGCUUGGAGACGAUUUCGCGUCGCUGCAGCACAAGUUCAGUUUCAGAUGAGGAAACACAAGCCAACCAAAGAGCAUUUGUCAAGAGACACAGUGAAAGGCUCCUCGAAGCUGAGGCGCUCUGGAAACCCACCAACUUCGUUCUACAGAGCAAAAAGGAACUGCAAGACAGAAAGAAGUUGGUGUCUGUACCGUAUCUGUCUCUGCUGCAACUAAUGGGGCAUUCUCGCAACUGUAAAGCAUCCGUGCCACUUGAUAAGGUCUAUGCUUUUCUUGGGUUGGCCGAGCCAGGGCAUGGCAUCCAGGUAGAUUACUCCAAAACUGCCAAUACGGUCCUUACAGAAGUCGCCUGUGCCAUAAUUCUAAAGCAAGAGCAUCUUGAUAUCAUUGGAAUAGCAAUGCAAAAUGACAGGUCGCGAGUCCAAUCCCCCACGGAUCAACUACCAUCGUGGGUACCCGACUGGUCAGUCAAAGACGACGCAAGCACCGCGUACAAGACCUUCCUUGAAGACAUUCGUUAUGAUUCUAUGAACUACUCUCUUGGUGCCAGCCAAGCAUCGCAAGCAAGAAAGGCCGUUGUUUCCCUUCAUGCAGAUAACCAUGGCAGGCCAAAUCGCAUCCUUCGAGCUCGUGGUAUUCUUGCUGAUCGUCUUAUGCGUGCCAAGCCCAGUGCAACUGCUUCGUCCUUUUCACACUUUGUCGGAGAAAGCGGAACGGAAAUCAAAUCAGUACCAACUGCGCGUAUCGGCGAUGAGGUCUGGGUACUUCUCGGCUGCAACGACCCAUUCACUCUCCGAAAAGAUGGAGGGCUGUAUACUAUACUCGGCCAUGCUAUGGUUUUGGAGCGCAAUCCGAUGUUUGAAGACGUGUUAUCAGGUACUCUUAACGAAAGAGUACAAGCUGCCAGGGAAUCUCAUCAUAUUCGAGAUGGCGGCUUGAUAGAACGGCUAGGGAGAGGCGAGGCGGCAACAACAGAUAUCAUGAUUUCCUAG